GCGCUGGCGCGCGGGGUGGAGUGACCUGCGGUCUGUGGGAGAGCCGCGCCCGCCUCAGCAGGGAGGAGUGCUCAGCGCGGCUGGCGAUGAGCAGCGCGGGGGGCGAGGGGCCGGAGGCCGGUACUGGCCGCGCUGGGGGCCGCUCUGAGCCCGAGGCCCCGGGCAGCGCUCUGAGUGUGGACUUGCCCGGGCUGCUGGGGCAGCUGGCGCGCAGCUUCGCGCUGCUGCUGCCGGUGUACGCCCUCGGCUACCUGGGGCUGAGCUUCAGUUGGGUGCUGCUGGCGCUUGGGCUGCUCGCUUGGUGCCGCCGGAGCCGCGGCCUCAAGGCCAGCCGCCUGUGCCGCGCGCUGGCACUAUUGGAGGAUGAGGAGCAAGCUGUGCGCCUGGGAGUGCGCGCCUGCGACCUGCCCGCCUGGGUUCAUUUUCCAGACACUGAAAGAGCAGAAUGGCUAAAUAAGACUGUAAAGCACAUGUGGCCCUUUAUUUGUCAGUUUAUUGAGAAGCUCUUUCGAGAAACUAUAGAGCCAGCUGUGCGUGGAGCAAAUACCCACCUCAGCACCUUCAGCUUCACGAAAGUGGAUGUGGGUCAGCAGCCCCUUAGAGUCAAUGGUGUUAAGGUUUAUACUGAAAAUGUAGACAAAAGACAAAUUAUUCUGGAUCUUCAGAUUAGUUUUGUAGGAAAUUGUGAGAUUGAUUUGGAGAUCAAAAGAUAUUUUUGUAGAGCUGGUGUGAAAAGUAUUCAGAUUCAUGGGACAAUGCGGGUGAUCCUGGAGCCCCUGAUUGGAGACAUGCCUUUAGUUGGAGCUUUGUCCAUCUUCUUCCUUAGGAAACCACUUUUAGAGAUUAACUGGACAGGAUUGACUAAUCUUCUGGACAUCCCUGGACUGAAUGGUUUAUCUGAUACUAUCAUUUUGGAUAUAAUAUCAAACUAUCUAGUGCUUCCCAAUCGAAUCACCGUUCCUCUUGUCAGUGAAGUUCAAAUAGCUCAGUUGCGGUUUCCCAUACCAAAGGGUGUUCUAAGGAUUCAUUUUAUUGAAGCUCAAGAUCUUCAGGGAAAAGACACCUACCUUAAAGGCCUUGUUAAGGGAAAAUCAGAUCCCUAUGGAAUUAUCCGUGUGGGCAACCAAAUCUUCCAGAGCAAGGUCAUCAAAGAGAACCUUAGUCCAAAGUGGAAUGAAGUAUAUGAGGCUUUAGUCUAUGAACACCCUGGACAAGAAUUGGAGAUUGAACUCUUUGAUGAAGAUCCAGACAAGGAUGACUUCUUAGGAAGUCUUAUGAUUGAUCUUAUUGAAGUUGAAAAGGAGCGCCUUUUAGAUGAAUGGUUCACUCUGGACGAAGUUCCCAAAGGAAAGCUGCAUUUGAAGUUAGAGUGGCUCACACUGAUGCCUGAUGCCGCAAACCUUGACAAGGUGCUGGCAGACAUCAGAGCUGACAAGGAUCAAGCCAAUGAUGGCCUUUCAUCUGCACUGCUGAUCUUGUAUUUAGAUUCUGCAAGAAACCUUCCGAGUAACCCAUUAGACUUUAAUCCCGGUGUCUUGAAGAAGUCUGCAGUUCAGAGAGCUUUAAAGUCAGGGAAGAAAAUAAACAGCAACCCAAAUCCUCUUGUCCAGAUGUCAGUCGGUCACAAGGCUCAAGAAAGUAAGAUUCGAUAUAAAACUAGUGAGCCUGUAUGGGAGGAAAACUUCACUUUCUUCAUUCAUAACCCCAAGCGCCAGGACCUUGAAGUUGAGGUCAAAGAUGAGCAGCAUCAGUGUUCUCUGGGAAGCCUGAAGAUCCCACUCAGCCAGCUGCUUACGAGUGACAACAUGACUAUAAACCAGCGGUUCCAUCUUAGCAACUCGGGUCCAAACAGCACCUUAAAAAUGAAGAUUGCCCUACGGGUCCUGCAUCUUGAAAAGCAAGAAAGGCCUCCAGACUACCAGCAUUCAGCUCAAGUGAAACGGCCCUCUGUCUCCAAAGAGGGGAGGAAAAUGCCUAUCAAAUCUCAGAUGUCUGCAUCUCCAGGCACUGGUGGUACCAACACUGCUCCGUCAACACCAGUCAUGGGAGUCGAUGAUAAACCUGUCAUGGAGGAGAAGCCCCAGCCCCCUGAGGCCAGCCCUCUCGGGCAGCGUGACCUUGGCAGGAGCUCCUCCAGCCUCUUGGCCUCUCCAAGCCACAUCCCAGCCAAGGAACCCACCCCAAGCAUUGCCUCAGACAUAUCACUGCCCAUUGCCACUCAGGAGCUGAGACAAAGACUACGUCAACUUGAAAAUGGGACAACCCUGGGACAGUCUCCUCUGGGGCAGAUCCAGCUGACUAUUCGGCACAGCUCCCAAAGGAAUAAGCUCAUCGUGGUUGUGCACUCCUGCAGAAACCUCAUUGCCUUCUCGGAAGAUGGCUCUGAUCCAUAUGUCCGCAUGUAUUUAUUACCAGACAAGAGACGCUCAGGAAGAAGGAAAACACACGUAUCAAAGAAGACACUGAACCCUGUGUUUGAUCAGAGCUUCGACUUCAGUGUUUCGCUGCCUGAGGUGCAAAGGAGAACAUUGGAUGUGGCAGUGAAGAACAGUGGUGGCUUCUUGUCCAAAGAUAAAGGGCUUCUUGGCAAAGUGCUGGUUGCUCUGGCAUCAGAAGAACUCGCCAAGGGCUGGACCCAGUGGUAUGACCUCACGGAAGAUGGGACAAGGCCACAGGUGAUAACGUAGCUACGCUGGACGUAGGCCUAUUUCUCAGUGUAUCGCGUGCCACCUCAUCAUGGAACACACCUUCUUGCAGAUGUACCAAUGCUAUUUUUAUAAUUUUACGUAUUGAGUUAUACAUACCUUAAUAAUUUUAUAAAACUUGGCAUUGUAGGAAAAUGUGGCCAAUAUUAUUGUUGAGUCUCCCUGUUGAGUUUGCUCCAGUGCUUCACCAGGCAGUGCAGUGUGCAGUGAUGCGUCCCUGUGCUGUGUGGAGCUGUCAGCCACACCUGCUGGAAAGCAGGCACCUAGACUUGUUUCUGCCUUGUCCUGCAUCCCAGAGGUGCACUACACCAUGUAAAUAGAUUCUUUUUUAUAAUAUCUACAUGCUGGUUUGGAUAAAGAAGAAAAUGUAUUAAGGAAAUACAUACUUUCUUCUAAGACUUAUUACAUUCUGUGACAAAUAAUCGUUUUCAUCUAUUCAGAAAAAAUUUCUCAUAGAUCUGUUGUGUGGUAUGGCUUUUUUAAGGGAAAAAAUGGAAAGAUUAUUAAAUAUUAGAAUUUUUAUGUCUAGUAUGAAUGAUAAAAAAUUUCAAAUUAUUAACAUUAUUAUAAAUAGGAAAAUACAGUGAGAAUUCAGUGAAUGGCUUAUUUAAAAAGUUGUAUAGCUGAGUAAUGGACAAUACCAAGAGCAUUGUCAAGGCUCUUGAGAAUUACAGUAUACUUAUCUGAAAUUUAUUACAUAAGAAAGAAAUGUGCUGUUUAUUUGUGUAAUUGUUUGUUGUAACAGAUUCAUGAAUAGUACAGAGAUACACACAUGCUAGGUGUUGUGUUUCACAUCUGUAAUCCCAGGGUAUGUAUGGGAGGCCACGCCAGGAAGACCCAAGUAUUAAAGGCCAGCCUGGGCUACACAGCAAGACUCUGUCUUGGGAAAAAGAAACAUACAUUAUACUUUGCCCAAAGCAUAGGAACUAAUCUCCAAUAUUGGGAUAUAAGGUGUUAUCAAGAUUGAUGCAAGCCUGGUUUAUUUUGUCUAUGUUUCUAACCCUAGGAAGACAGGUCUGUUGUCACUGUACAGUGGUGAGAUGGGAUGAAUGGGUAACAAAGGUGCUGUGCUAAAGACUAACACUGCACUUGCUCUUGAUGGGAGAACCUGGCCCUAAAUCCACACGCAGGACACACACCUCUGGGUGGAGCUUCCUGUGCUUACGCUGAUAGGUGACAAAGAUCCUGCGCAAUGCCAGCAAGCUGCUGUCAGGCUUGCCAUUUUUGGAUAUCCUCAUUUUGUGCCAUGCCAGAUAUUAAUACAAUUUUUAUUUUGGAAUCUUUUUCUUUUUAGAUUGGGAAAAGCAGGUUCUAUAUAUGUAAGAGUCCCAAACCUCUUUUGAGGUGAGGCUAUGUCACAGUAUUAUAAGCUAUGCAUGUCUGUAAACAAAAGAUGCACAAAUGUAGGAUGAUUUUUUUUUCAGUAUGCAUUUUAACCUCCAGGAUGAAAAGGGCUUCUCAGCUAUGAGAUCAUUUAAAACUAUGUACACUUACAGCAGGAAAAUACAGCUUUGUAAUCAAAAUUGGAGUAGUUCCAUUCACAUGCUUCCUGGAAUUAAACAACCUAUGGGAAGCUUAUGUGACCAAACAUACCAAAGUGCCUGUGAUGAAUAUCGAGUGUUCAUUUUACACUCUUCUCCUGUCCAGAAGAUGAGAGUGUGCCUCAGUUUGUAAUGUACCAUGUGCAGUUGUAAUGGAGUCUGUGACUCUUCACAGCGCAUCCCAGGUAGUCAUACGUAGGGUCAGAGUAAUCUCUCUCCUGCCAUCUCACACCUUCCUCAGAAUCCUGUUUAUAAAUCUUGUUUCAUUAGUGAGCAGGAUUGGGAGAAAGUUUAUGUGUAUGUACACACAUGAACAUAUAUGCACAUAAAAUAUUCAAGGAUGGCAUUUUAGUUGCAGGAGAAAGGCAGGUAAUAUCUUAUUAAAACUAGUUGCUCGACCAUGGUAUUACAUUUUUUUUUCUUAAGUGUCUUUUUAUUUAGAUCUAUUGAAGAAGGGCUUCUGUCUAUAAAGGAGGUUUUCUUUUUGCUGAAAUUUUAUCAUGUCAAUGGUUUUCACCAACAACCUAUCUAUCUUAGUUUUGUGCUCAUACACUUAAUCUGUUCAGUAUAUAUUUUAUUUAAGAAAAUGCUUUUCAUAACUAAUUAGGCAAAUUGAGUACAGUUAAGGGUACAAUUCCCUAAUAAGUCAGUAUGAUGCCCCCUGCUGACACAGAAGCUGCUGCCAAUGAGUUCAGAUACAGUGGCCCCAUGUGCAUCAUCUGUGUCUUCAAGUAGCAUCUCCAGUCUAUGUGGAAAGAAGAGAGAAGGUCCAGUAAUAGCAGCCCACUAGUUGUAGUUCUGCAGGCUACAUGAGGAAGGUUACCAGCCGUCAAGGCACACUCCAGGGUCCUGAAGAUAGAAGAUACUUGUAGUUCUCAAAAUGUUAACUUUUAGUUUUUAAUGACUUAUCUAGGAAAAAAAGAAUGUCAAGUUUUCUACUUUGAGCCAAACCAAUGAGGGAAAUUAGUGAUUUGAAGUACAGCUCUGCUAACUUAUUCAUGUGGUGGCUUAUCCUGUGCCUUAAAGUACAAAGGUGUUUUCAAGUUUCAGAUGGAAACAGAAGCAGCCUUGCAACCAUAUUUACCACCAUUUGUAUUUUGCACUCUAUAUUUCUUGUACAGGCAGUCCCUAUGCAGAGGUAUUUAGGAUUAGUUUAAAAACCUCAGGCAGAUGCAGAGAGUGCAGACUGCUGCAGUGACUGGUCCCACCUGGAUUACCCACUGUAGAGGUGGACCAUAGAGGGUGGGUUUUGUUUUUUGUUGUUUGUUUGUGCUUAUUUGUUUGUUUGUUUUAAUCAUGAAUGUCCUUUUUGCUUAAUUUUAUAUAACAGCACAUGUAUUUAUUCAAUAAACUUUUAUGUUAGUGUA